UUUUGGCUCGAAACAAGUAAUUCAAGCGGAGUGUGAUGGGUGGCAUCUGAAGACAUGUCGCCUAUUUGCUGGUGUUGUGCAUACAAUGUCGAAACCUCGCUUGCAUGCCUCUUUUGCUGCUGCCCCUGGCAGUGUGAGAAGCAAUCUGCCAGAGAGUCAGCCAAGAGGGUGUCAGUCUACAAGAAGUCCGGGCUUGGAUGUUGGGUGGAUGCGAAACAAGCGCCCUUCUCUCCGCGGUUCCUUUUGGACCUGCAAGAUCCCAAGUACAAACUGCAAGUUUGGGAUGGUGCCUCCCUCACCGUGUCGGAGCUUCGCCGGCGCCUCUUGGGCGACAUCCGAAAGUUCUCCUCGGCCGAUUAUCCGGGCUUCGUGAAAGAGAGGGAGGCGGAUGGGAUCACCUAUGAGAGGAAUCCAUCUCUUGAGAACAAUGGCAAUGCGUUUUUCCGCCUCACUGGGGACCUCAAGAUUCCAGCUGAUUUGGCCGUGGCCAUGCUAGCUGAUGCCCAGAAGAUUGGCUUUAAGGAAUGGGGGUUGGCCACUGUUCAGUUUUUCCACACUUUCCCAGAUGAGCAGAGCUUUAUGGUGUACACCAUCGCUCCACCGGGCGGCCCCAUCGCGUGGAGGGACUAUGUGGAUUUCAGUGGCUGGGCCAGAGAGGCUGAUGGGACACUGGUGCAAGGCACUCUCAGCUGCUGCGGCUUUGGCUUCAGCCGAAGUGAGCUCUUUUUUGAUUUGUUUGUUCUGCAGAGGUGCCGACCUUUCCGGGAGCUGUCCGAGGGACGAAUCUCAUCUUUGGCUACGAAUUUAAGCCGAAGGAAGGGGGCGGCUCAGUUCAAGCUACACUGGUGGCACAAACCGAGACUGGUGGAUGCCUGCCAAAGUGCUUGAGCAACAGCUUCUUUACGAUCUUUUUGACUCUCUACCUCAAGGAGCUUGAACAAACUGGACUCGACAUGAUCAAAGCAGGGACGGCAGCCAAGUUCGUCUCGCAAUUCCCGGGUCUUGGCCCUCUGAAUCUCCCGGAGGAGUUUCGUGGCUGACCGUCUUGUGCCAAACAACGGCCCCGUGCUCGGGUUUCUCACCACACCGCAGCUUUCGCUGCCUACCCCCUGCUUGGCUCAUCGCUGCUUUGGAUACCGCAAGGGCUGGAUCGAAAGUGAUCAACACACAGGGUUUUCAAGCCGCGGGACAAAAA